AUGUUGUUCUGCGACACGCGGAGACCCUGAAACACACACGAAAAGUUUAAACUUCUUCCUUUUGUGAUGGAAAAAAAAAACCCAAAAAACACACGCGCGCACAAAAAAAAGGUUGCGGGAGGAAGCGGAGGAGACCGGAAGCGGGGAUCAGCUCUUACGUGCUGCGGGGACCAAUCACGGCGCAGGGGAAGGGCACUCGGGCAGCCAAUCGCGGCGGCGCAUCCGUCGCCCACGUGGUGGGAAGAAGGGGCGGGGCCAAGAUGCUUCAACUCCAAAUAAUUGCGAGGAGGAAGAACUUUUUUUUUUCUCCCGGAGUUUGCGCACUAAAACUAAAAGUCCUCACGCAUGUGUCUCGUGAGAAGUGAUCGAUUUGACAACAACUUACACAACUAACACGAUUAUCGAUCGAGAGAGAGAGAGAACCAGCUGGACCGGAUCGAUCAAUCAAUACGGUUUUAACUCCUCAUCGUGGAAACACCACGUGGGGUUCGCGUCGCUCGCGCUGGGUUUCUUUUCGGGUGGGAUUCGUGCACGUGAUGUCAGCUGCAGCGGCGCGCGUCGAUUAACAAACUGUGUAUUAUUUAUCCUCGCGAUUCCUCCGUGUCUUUGUGUGCACGUGCUAGGUCAGUAGCGUCAGGUACACACGCACGAGCGCGUGCGGGUGGGUGUGGGGGGUCUGGAUGGAGUUCGAGGCGUCCGGCAUCGGGGAGGAGUGCGGGGUGUUCGGCUGCGUGGCCGCGGGAGAGUGGCCCACGCAGCUGGAGGUCGCGCAGGUCUUGACGCUGGGUCUCGUGGCGUUGCAGCACAGGGGUCAGGAGAGCGCCGGCAUCGUCACCAGUAACGGAGCCAGUCCGCCUACCUACGCGGCGCACAAGGGCAUGGGCUUGGUGAGCGCGGCCUUCGCCCCCGAGGCGCUCCAGAAGCUGCGCUACGGGAACCUCGGCAUCUGCCACACGCGCUACUCCACCACCGGCAUCUCCGAGCUGCAGAACUGCCAGCCCUUCGUGGUCGACACGCUGCACGGCCGCAUCGCCGUGGCGCACAACGGCGAGCUGGUCAACGCCGCCGCGCUGCGCAAGAAGGUCAUGCGUCACGGCGUGGGCCUCUCCACCAGCUCCGACAGCGAGCUCAUCACCCAGCUGCUGGCGCUGACGCCCCCGAUGGAGGAGCAGGACGCACCGGACUGGGUCGCCAGGAUAAAAAACCUGAUGAGCGAGACGCCGACGUCGUACUCGCUGCUGGUGAUGUUCAAAGACGUCAUCUACGCCGUGAGGGACCCGUACGGCAACCGGCCGCUCUGCAUCGGGCGCAUCGUCCCCGUCUCCAAGAUGCACAGCUCGGGAGCCGGCGAGGAGGACACCGAGGGCUGGGUGGUGUCGUCGGAGUCCUGCAGCUUCCAGUCCAUCGGCGCCAAGUACUACAGAGAGGUCUUACCGGGAGAGAUCGUCCAGAUCUCGCGGCACGGCGUCAAGUCUCUGAGCGUGGUGCCGCGGCCCGAGGGCGACCUGCCGGCCUUCUGCAUCUUCGAGUACGUCUACUUCGCCCGGCCGGACUCCAUCUUCGAGGGCCAGAUGGUUUACACGGUGCGGCAGCGCUGCGGCCGGCAGCUCGCCAUCGAGGCGCCGACGGACGCCGACGUGGUCAGCACCGUGCCGGAGUCGGCGACGCCCGCCGCACUGGGCUACGCCCAACAGUCCGGGCUGCCGUACAUCGAGGUUCUGUGUAAGAACCGCUACGUGGGCCGGACCUUCAUCCAGCCGAACACCCGCCUGAGGCAGCUGGGCGUGGCCAAGAAGUUCGGUGCCCUGACGGAUAACUUUGCCGGGAAGCGUGUGGUGCUGGUGGACGACUCCAUCGUCAGGGGCAACACCAUCUCGCCCAUCAUCAAGCUGCUGAAGGAGGCCGGCGCCACCGAGGUCCACAUCCGGGUCGCCUCUCCUCCGAUCCGGUUCCCGUGCUACAUGGGCAUCAACAUCCCCACCAAGGAGGAGCUCAUCGCCAACAGGCCCGAGUUCCAGGACAUCGCCGGAUACAUCGGUGCGGCCAGCGUGAAGUACCUGACCGUGGACGGGCUGCUGUCGGCCGUGCAGGAGGGCAUCGCCUCCCUGCGGCAGAAGGACGAGGUCAUCGGCUCCGGCGGCAACAAGUCCGGCAAGAAGGUCGGCCACUGCACCGCCUGCCUGACGGGGAAGUACCCGGUGGAGCUGGAGUGGUAGCGGGGACCGCCGGGAAUCAAAACGGCCGCGUGUUUGAAUCCGGCCGUCGGAGACGCGCUUGAUGCCGAUGCAGUCGCGUGGUUUCUCCAGCGGAGACGCGAGGCAGUCGGAGCUUCUGGGAAGCUGAGAAGAAGCCUCACAAUCACACUACAGAAUAUCGGUGCUGUCCCUUUAAGUAACUUUUCAUAACAUCUAUUGUUGUUUACUCCGUGGUGAUGUCACUGCUUUGAUUACACACACGAUGCUUUAUUUUUAUUUUUUUUAGGGUUACUUGGAUGUAUUAACAUUUCAAGUGUUGCGUAAACCGGAGUAUUAGAUGUUAUUUACCGUGUCAGUAAAGCGCACAAGGCUCGGACCAGAGUUGAGCCGUCUUCUUUUUCCUUAUUACGUUUGACUUUUUUUACCUUUUGACCUCAAAAUGAACCAUUAGGCUCUUUUUGUUGCUGGAUAUUUUGUUUUCUUAACUUUAAAACAUGCAUGAUAUAUAUAUAUAUACACCAGAAAUGUUGAAUAAUAAACUGAAUAACUUCACACAAGUA